CACAGGAGAACAGGAGAACAGAGAAAAACUUUCACUUAUAGGACAUUUGAAAGAAAAUAUACUCCUCAUAAAAGUGAUUUGGCUCUAAUCUACCACGUCGGUUGUUUUUCCUUAAAUGUAAAAUUUGUGUCGGUUGGAUGAUGCGCUUCUGAAUUGGAUUUACGCGCGGCGAUAAAGGGCGAUUCCGCGCUCUGGAAACAUUAUGUAAGGUUGUCCUGGCAUCUUAGACUGCAGUAAUAACUUCAGACGCAGCCAUGAAAUCUGUGCUGGAUGGGGUGGCGGACACCACCUUCCGGACUAUUACAUCUGGUCUGCAGUAUCUGGGAUCCAAUGAUGCCAACUACGACGACGCCAUCAAUGAUGGAGACUUUAAGGGCAGCUUCUCCAUGCAGAAGCCCUUAUCUGCUUUCCGCAGCAACUCCUUCCCCAACAAAGUCCCUCCAGAGGAAGAGCUCAUCUUCAAGGGCAUUCCUAUCUUCCCCACCAAUGCCACAGACUUGUUCGGCAACAGGAGCACGUUCAGAGAUGAGACUAACACCAUACAAUGUGGGGAGAACUUUAUGGACAUGGAGUGUUUCAUGAUCCUAACUCCCAGCCAGCAGCUGGCUGUGGCCGUGAUGUCUCUGACUCUGGGGACCUUCACGGUGCUGGAGAACCUGGCGGUGCUCUGCGUCAUCUUUCAGUCCCGCACCCUGCGCUGUCGGCCAUCUUACCACUUCAUUGGCAGCCUCGCCGUGGCUGACCUGCUGGGCAGCGUCAUCUUUGUCUACAGCUUUUUGGACUUCCAUGUUUUCCACAGGAAGGACAGCCCCAACGUUUUUCUCUUCAAGCUGGGUGGAGUCACAGCGUCAUUCACGGCAUCAGUCGGGAGCCUUUUCCUCACUGCUAUCGACCGCUACAUCUCCAUCCACAAGCCUCUUGCCUACAGGCGCAUCGUGACUCGGACCAAGGCGGUCAUAGCCUUCUGUAUGAUGUGGACCAUUUCCAUCGUCAUUGCAGUGCUACCUCUGCUGGGCUGGAACUGUAAACGCCUCAAUUCUAUUUGCUCAGACAUAUUCCCCCUCAUCGAUGAGAACUACCUGAUGUUCUGGAUUGGUGUGACCAGCGUGCUGGUCCUGUUCAUCAUCUACGCCUACAUAUACAUCCUGUGGAAAGCACACCACCAUGCUGUGCGCAUGAUGAACCGUGCCUCUCAGAAGAGCCUUGUCGUCUACACAGCAGAUGGGACUAAAGUGCAGACCACUCGCCCUGAGCAAACACGCAUGGACAUCCGUCUGGCCAAGACCCUGGUGCUUAUCCUGGUGGUGCUGGUCAUCUGCUGGGGCCCAGUGCUCGCCAUCAUGGUCUACGACCUUUUCUGGAGGAUGGACGAUGACAUCAAGACGGUGUUUGCAUUCAGCACCAUGCUCUGCCUGCUUAACUCCACCGUCAACCCCAUCAUCUACGCCUUGAGGAGCAAGGAUCUGAGGCACGCCUUCCUCAGCUCCUGCACCGCCUGCAGGAGCACUGCCCAGCAGUUGGACAAUAGCCUCGAGUCAGACUGCCAGAACAGAAAUACCAACAUUUCUGCCAACAGGGCUGCAGAGAGCUGCGUGAAGACCACUGUGAAAAUAGCCAAAGUAACAAUGUCGGUGUCAACUGAAACGUCAGCCGAAGCUGUCUAAUUGGCCGUCACGGUGAAAAAUGUGUAAAUGUUCUCCUCCCCAAACGUCAUUACACGCACACACACAAAAAAAGCAAAGAUUAGCCAUUGGAGACAAAAUCCUCUCCUGAACGUGUUGAUUCACAUCCUCACAUAGACACUUUAGUGGUUCCAUGAUCUUAUGUUUGUGUAUAAGUACAUAGUGUGCCAAAGUGCCAAAUGAUUUUGCAAACUCAUGAAAAAAAAGGACUCGAUAUUGGAGAGGAUCAUAAAAGACUAUCAUAAGUCUGCUGUUUGCCAUAGACUUCAUGAUACUCAAUUAGCGAAGGCAUAUUAUAUUUUUGUACUGUGAAUUCAGGUUUUGAAAUCAAUAUAUCUUCAUUUACGGGAUAAGGGGCUACUGACAUUUUUAAGUAGAGACGUUUUACAUUGUCAUUUAGAAUUUAACAUGUGUCUUGCGCCAUAAGUAUAACAAAUCAUUGCGCCAUGACCUUCUGCAGUCUUUAUGUUGCAUAUGAACAUUUCUGAGUAGAUGGAAAAAUGAUGUCAUGAAACAUGUAACUUUUGUGUGUUUUCUGACAACACUCAGUGAGUGGCAAAUGUGUGAAUAGUUUUUUUUAAAGAAAUGGCGGAUCGAGAAGACCAAGAAAACAAAAAGUGGAAAAAAUGAACUGGUUAGACAGAGUUGAUGGACUCACAGGUUUUUGGUUUGUAAAAACUGAAAAAACAUUUACUUUGGCAGAGUGGUGUUUCUCGCUGACGAGCGGUUACUUCUGCUGGGUAACAUCUUUAUUCUGUCGUAUACUUAACAACUGUACAGUGUUUUCUUGCAAAGUGUUUGUAUCGAGUCAAUCAACCAUACAGCCAAGACAACUUUAGCACCAGGCUAAGACGGAUCAAACCUGAAUAUGGAUGCAGUGUGCUGGUCACUACUGCAGGAGGCUACAGUGGUCUCAGACUACAGCUGCUUUCAUCAGAGGUGUGAUUUUACUGGAUUCAGCCUUGUGUGUGUGCGUGUGUGUGUGUGUGUGUGUGUGUGUGUGUGUGUGUGUGUGUGUGUGUGUGAUACCUUGUGACUCUGUAAUCUCUUUCCAACCCCAAAGCCUUUGGAUCAUUGCAGUGGCUUGUUUCAGUGCUAUACUAUUGUAUCAGUACAUUAUUUGAAAAAAAAAGGAACCCAUGCGCAGGGCUAGUGCAGUACUUUUGGCGUAACAUUGAAUGAAAAUAUGUUUGCUGGUAAUUUUUACUGCUCAUAACAAACAAAAAACAAAGCUCUUUUCAACAGCUGGUACCUUUAAUGGAGGUUUGUGUGUACAAAUUAUGUGUGAGCGGAGAAAUGAGCUAAAACAAGUUGAGAGGAUGUGAUUUUUUCCAAUAGGUGAUGUAGUACUUUAAAUCUAGAAAUCUUAUGGCACAAAUGCUCUAUAGACAUUUAUCUUGAUGUGAAGUUAUGCAGACAGCCGUUUAUCAGUAUGCUUCGCUGCCUGUUGUAGUUUUAAGUAUUGAAGAUCAAAAUGUCAAUUGUCAAGUGGCUUCUGUGCAUUGGUGGCAUAAUGAGGAAUUAUGACAUAAAAAUCCCAAUCAGUCAAGUGUUUUUAGUAUUGUUGUUUUCAACAUUUGAAUAAAGUUGCAGUUGGUGUCA